GUAAAGAGUUCAUUUGAUCUUAAGAAAUGCGCGUUGUCUGUAGCGUUAGCAAUUGAGUUGUUGGUAGGUGUUCCACAAUUUGGUUGGCUUGCUUCAGCAACUCCUACAGCUCCUGUAUUGCCUGAUCUUUCUGUACUUAUCUCUGGGCCACCAAUUAAGGAUCCCGGUGUUUUGUUAAGAAAUGCUCUUCCCAUCAACAAUAAAGCCAUCAGGGAAGUUCAAAAGCCACUCGAAGAUAUAACAGACAGCCUCAAGAUUGCUGGUGUCAGAGCAUUGGAUUCAGUCGAGCGGAAUGUGAGGCAGGCUUCUCGUGCGCUCAACCAGGGAAGAAAUUUUAUUAUUGCUGGAUUGGCUGAGUCGAAGAAAGCCCAUGGAGAGGAACUACUAAACAAGCUCGCUAUUGGCAUGGAGGAACUUCAACGUGUUGUUGAGGAAAGGAACAGAGAUGCGGUGGUGCCAAAGCAAAAGGAGCUGCUUAAUUAUGUUGGAGGUGUUGAAGAGGAUAUGGUGGAUGGCUUUCCAUAUGACGUGCCUGAGGAGUACCAAAACAUGCCCCUGUUGAAAGGGCGGGCGACGGUCGACAUGAAGGUGAAGGUUAAGGACAAUCCCAACGUACAAGAUUGUGUCUUUCGGAUUGUUCUCGAUGGCUACAAUGCUCCAGUCACAGCGGGUAAUUUCGUCGACUUGGUGCAACGUCACUUCUAUGAUGGAAUGGAGAUUCAAAGAGCUGAUGGUUUUGUAGUUCAGACUGGAGAUCCUGAAGGCCCAGCUGAAGGUUUUAUAGAUCCAAGCACAGGAAAAGUUAGAACAAUUCCUUUGGAAAUUAUGGUAACUGGUGAUAAAGCGCCUGUGUAUGGUGCUACUUUGGAAGAACUUGGCCUUUAUAAAGCUCAAACAAUGCUUCCUUUCAAUGCAUUUGGGACAAUGGCAAUGGCUAGAGAUGAAUUUGAGAACAAUUCAGCUUCCAGCCAAGUGUUUUGGCUGCUGAAAGAGAGUGAACUGACUCCAAGCAAUGCAAACAUUCUGGAUGGCAGAUAUGCAGUUUUUGGUUAUGUGACAGAGAACGAGGACUUUCUUGCCGAUCUAAAGGUCGGCGAUGUCGUCGAAUCGAUUCACGUUGUUUCUGGACUCGAAAAUCUCAUCAAUCCGAGCUAUAAGAUUGCAGGAUAGUGAUUUAAUCUUUUAUUUUUUAUUUUUAUUUGGUUAUAGACACAAUUUUUUGUCAUUAUUGCACUGCUCUGUUAUGUCAUGUAAUUUCAUGUUUUUUCAGCGUAGAGUGGAUUCCUUCUUCAUGACAAUUGCAGUUGGGGGGUUUUUUACAUACACAGCACACAAAACAUUGUUAUUUACAUAUCUUACGCACCGAACUUCAAUAUUACGAAACUCGCACACAAAACCAACU